AUGGAUCGCAGAAUGCAUCAACACUCAUCUCACAUGCUAGAAAGAGGACACGGAGUUCUUUCCAACGAGAGUACUCGAUGUAGGCUGCACGGAAACAGGCCUUGUGAGACUGGUGGAGCCAGUCAAGAGCAUCAACUACAUUGCCCUCAGUUACUGCUGGGGAAGUCAGGGUUUCUGUCGGACUCGAAAAUACCUAAAACCUUUCAAGAUGCAAUCACGAUUACGCAAAAGCUCGGAUUCCGGUACUUAUGGAUUGGCUCUCUCUGCAUCAUCCAGGAGGACGUUGUAGAUUGGGCAAGAGAGGCAUCACGCAUGGCCGGCGUAUACCGUUGCGCAUACUUAACCAUCGGAGCCUUGAACGCAUCAAAUGAUCAACAGGGGUUUCUGACGCCCAGAAAACUCCCAGACUGGGAACUGAGAGUAUUUACUACAAGUGCAGAUGAAAAGAGUACGACUAUUUCCCAGCAACAUUUGCUUAAGACAACCGAGCCUGGACGUUACAGGAGCAGUAUCUCUCAAGUCGGAUGUUACGAUUCAGCGAUUUUAUUACUACCUGGAUAUGUCAGGAAACGAGACACGAAGAACACGAACCAUCUAGUGAUGAGGGUGGACAAAAUGCAUCAUACAUCGCCAGUCACUGCGACCUCAGGUACUGUGCGGUGGGAGGAUAUAAGUCAUGUUAUCUGCUGGAGAACUUCGUUCGUUACAAGGACUCCUUGUGACUACAUCGCACCUUCGUGGUCCUGGGCGUCUCCAAUCUGCUGUGCCACCUUCCCUGUGGAAUGGUUUGAUCUCGACGCCCCUCGGCUCUCUAAUCCUAAACCGCUACCAUCACCCCGAUAUAUCGACCAUUAUCUCGAGCCCAACAGACCAGAUCGGUUCGGCCAGCUAAGCCGUGAAUGGCUUCCUCUCGAAGCCAUCGCUGUUCAACUAAUCGAAAUCAACCAGGGCGAAGUCAAGGAACAAGAAUGCCGUCUUCAGUGUAUCAAAGACAUGUAUGAAGCGACUAUUGAUUUUGAUCUCGUCCAGCCACAUAAAAGACUAGCUAGUGGUCUCUUACUUAUGCGCUCUGAUGUCAAGGAACCUGAGGAGCAUUCAUGCCCAGACACUUUGAGACUUCUGGGCUUAGUUAUCGAAAAGCCUGGCGAGCAAGACAUGACAAACUUUCGCAAAUGCGGACGGCUCCCUGAAUGCAGCAGUGUCUUUUGGAGACUUGGGUAUUUUUUUGUUGACCUCACAGAGAAGCAGGAACAUCAGGUGCUGGAGGAUAAAGCGCAAGAGGCUGUUUUGAUACAGCCUUUGGAAAUUCAUUGAACAAGCGAG